AAAGUUUUUGCAGGAACACUGCAAAAGUAAGGGAGAGAAGGCGGGAAAAAUACUAGAAACGGAAACAUGAGCAGUCUGAGAAUCGAGAAAGAUGGGAAGCUCGGCCCACGAGGAAACAAGUAAAGAUGCAAUCAAUAUCAACAAAACAAGAGACAAAAUUAGGGGAAUCACAACAAAGGAGGAGAAGAAGAAGGAAAAGAGAAGAGGUUUAGCUCACGAGAAACCAGAGGCUCCUAGAGAGAGAAAGAGAGAGAUUCAGAGGUGGUUUCAUUCUUCACCAUUAGCUACCUACGCCAACCAUGGACACCACUCCUCAUCCUCAUCGUCGCCGAGUUCCGAGCACACGAAGAAACAAGAAACUCAAAGAUGACGCUGAAAUCUCCGAACCGGGACUGGCUGUUCCACCAGAAAUUCCUUAUUUUGUGUGGAGAGCAAAACCUGGCAAAAUAAAUGUUUUGUCUCUCUCCAAAAAAGUCAUAAAGUACUACCAUCUUAAGAUCCCAAAUAUCAUAUCCUUCGUCGAUGAACAAAGGAGAGAGUGGGAUGUGACUGUCUUAAAGGACAAGCGAUCAUAUAGGUGCUCUGCAGUGGGAUGGAAAAGAGUGUGCGAAGCGAACCUCAUUGACAUAGGCGAUGUAUGCAUCUUUGAGUUCAUGCAAGGGUGCAUUGAUUUAUACAUACGCAUACGUAUAAAAGAGCUCAUGAACUUCGAAGCAAAGCUACACAUUGCUGUGAUGAUGACAUCUUCAUGUCGGGACAGGCCUUCCGACCGGAAAAUCCUCAUUUUGUGUGGAGAGUAACAGAAGAAAAAAGGAGGAGGCUGAUUCUCCCAAGAACAGUAAUAAAAACUUACAAUCUUAAGAUCCCAAAUAUCAUAUCCCUCGUCGAUGAAAGUGGGAAAAAAUGGGAAACAGAAAUCUUAAAGAGGCGUAACGGGGACUUGGCGUUUCCCGAGUCUUUAUGGCGAAGUUUGUGUGAUGCGAAUCUCAUUGAGAUUGGUGAUAGAUGCAUAUGUGAGUUCAUAGAUGAACAGAGUGGCCUAUCCAUAUUCGUACGUAUAUCUCGAGCUCCAAAACUGACUAGAAAGAAGGAUGCCGAGGAAAAGGAAGUUGAACAAAUUCACAAAGAAUCAUUACACGAGAAUAACUGGGAUGAAAAUGGGAUGCAAAGGAGCAUUCUCGAUGGGAAACAAAAGUUGAAUUCAGCAUCUUCCAGUACACAUGUUAGACGAUGUCUAAGGAAAAAGAAUGCAUCUGGUGGAAAGAAAGGCUUUGAAGAAGAGAAAUGUGCAAAAACUGACAAAGAGACUGUUCCUAGCGGCAAUGACUGUAAUGAAAGCGGGACGAAGAUGAACAUUUCCAAGGCAAAGCGAAAAUUGAAAUCACCGUCACCACAUGAACCAGUCAGACGAAGAGCAAGGAAAGACGAGACAUUUGACCGAAGAAAAGACAUUGAAGAAGAGAAAAUCAAACAAAUCGAAGAAGAAACAAUGUAUCUCGAUCCUCCUAAAGAGAGGCAAUGGAAAACGAAGGCGGGUGAAGAGAGAUCUAUUGAGGAUCGAGAUGCUUACAUAAAAAAGCUCGAAGGGAUUAUCAAAACCCUUACUUCAAAAGAUGUCAAUCAGAAGAGGGUGAAGUUAUCAUGUCACAAAUAUGGAACGUCAAUGAGGACAAAAUGUUUGCCUGAAAAGUUGGAGUUGCUGUUGUCCUACUUCCGGCUUGUACGUGGGGAAGCUGGUCAAUCAAUUACUUUGCAUGAUGAUGUGUUCGGCAAGAAAUAUAAGAUUUAUAUUUUCCUCAAGGAUAUCAACAAAUUUUGUUUGCUAAAGCCAAUUUCGGAUUGUUGUAUAAUUUCCUACAUGUGGUUCCUUCACCAGAAGAUGAAAAAAGAAAACAUACUCACUAGAUUUCGAUUUGUAAAUCCAAAUUUGAUCUCAAAAUUUGACAAGUUAACCGAAGACCAAAGAGCACGCGCUUUAGCUGAUAGGUUGAUUGGUGCAUCAAUCGAUCAACUCGUGUUGGCACCAUGUAAUAUAGGUUUUCAUUGGAUUCUCACGGUCAUCCAACCCUACAACAAGAUUGUCUUUUUGUUGGAUCCUCUUUCUCAUCGCAUUCGUGAUAGCGUUUGGCAAGAUAUUGUGAAUAUGGCCUUAUCGAUGUUUUGUGCAUCUAAAGGAGAGAAUGAGAAAAAGUCACCAACUUGGGUAGUCGUAAAGGCUCCUCUCCAACCUGAUUCGAAGCAAUGUGGGUUCUACAUAAUGCAGUAUAUGAGAGAAAUCAUCGAAACUUGUAGGGAUCUUGGCUCAAGUUCGCUACAAUCAAUGUUUACAAAAGACAGUUAUUCUAGAAGUGAAAUUGAUGAAAUGCGAAUAGAGUGGGCAGAAUGCAUACUGGAUCAGUUUGGUUGACAAAGGGCAAGACAUCAAGGGAAGAAUGUGGGACCUAUUUACAAGUGUAGAGGAAGGUCAAGAAGCUGCAGUCAAAAUUUAUAUAUCUAAAAAUGAAAUACUUGCUUGCA